GCGACCGAGCUCGCGAACGCGUCGCUCGUGAACGAGGUGUGGACGACCGUGGACGAGAACUUCCUCCCGGCGAGGAACGCGAACGGGUUCGACCGCGACGCGUGGGCGGCGCUCAAGGAGCGAUCCGACGCGAGCCCGCCGAAGACGAAGGGCGAGGCCGCGCUCGACGAUCCGUACUCGCGGUUCGUCGACCCGACGGACUUCGCGCCGCUUCUGAAGUACGACAUCAGCGGCGUCGGCGUGAACGUCGCGGAGGACGCGGAGGACCCGACGAAGAUCCGCGUCCUCGGCCUCGUGCUCGACUCGAGCGCGGCGCGCGCGGGGAUCGAACGCGGCGACGAGAUCGUCGCCGUCGACGGCGAGAGCGUCCGCGGCAAGAGCGCGUUUCAGGCGCGUCACACUGGUCCCCAUACGACCGCGUUCGCCGGCGCGUUUCCCGAGGGAGAGGAGCGCGAGGUGACGCUCCGUCGCGCGAGCUCGGCGACGAACCCGGUGACGGCGCGCAUGGAGAGCGGCGACGUCGGGUACAUCAGACUGAAGGAGUUCAACGCGCUCGCCGAGCCGAAAGUCGCGGAGGCGGUGAACGAGCUCAGAGGGAAGGGCGCGACGUCGUUCGUGCUGGAUCUGCGGGAUAACCCCGGAGGGUUGGUGCAAGCUGGCGUGGAGAUCGCGCGACUGUUUUUGCCCCCGGACGUUAACGUCGCGUACACGGAAGGGAGGGUCGUCGCCGGCGGCGUCAAGGGCGACACCGACCCGCUGGCCGUCCUCGUCAACGGGCGAAGUGCGUCCGCGUCGGAGAUUCUCACGGGCGCGCUGAAAGAUAACUGCAGGGCGACGGUCGCGGGGAGCCGGACGUACGGCAAGGGGCUGAUACAGUCCGUGUACGAGCUCAGCGACGGCAGCGGGUUGGUGCUCACCGUGGGGAAGUACGUCACGCCGUCGCUGGAGGAUUUGGACAGGGUGGGCAUCGCGCCGAACUUCGGGAUGUUCCCGGGGUUCGCCAAGGCGAACGAGACGCUGUCGCACUGCGAGGUCCCGACGCGGCGGUGA